AUGUCCAGCUUAGCCGAUACAGUAGAGGGUAGCGAGGCCAAACGCGGCAGAUUUUCCAACAAUGCAUUAACCUCCGAUACUGGUAUUUUACAGAAAAAUAGUACAUUAAGAAACUGGUUUUUAAAACCGACAGCAGACCUAAAAAAUAGUUGCGAAGAUAGAGUUGAAGAUGACGUCAAUGAUGUCUACUUAAAUGACAAAAACUCACAAAAAUCUGUUGAAGAAAGAAAACUAGGAAGAAAAGUUAGAUCUUUUUUCAAACAAACAAACUCAAAUAAGGACGAGUCUGUGUUGGAAGAUGAAGAUGAUGCGUUAGUUUGGAAGAAAACUAGCAAUAAGUGUGCAAAAAAGGAAAAUUCCCAUGACAUCCAAAAAGGAAGUUUCACAAAAAAAAUCAGAAACAGUAUUUUCAAGAGUGCAAAUGACGUGAAAGAAUUCAGGAAUGAAAAUAACUUACUAUUGCCCGUUGAACUUUCUUCUGAUGAUGAGAAUGAGUCUCAUUUCACUGAUGCUAACUCACAUGUUAUGCAAUCAAAAAGUCCCGAGAAAAUACCUUCCAAGGAUCAAUGCUUGACUAAAGGCGCUAAGAAUAAAGGUCUGAAAAAGGAAUAUGAAAAAAGUUUUGAAGAGUAUAGCGACGACAGUGACGAUGAAUUUUCUCCUGCUACUCCACCGGAGAAUGUUCUUGAAGGUCCUUACAAAUUUGUGUUUCAGACACCAAACACAUUUACAUCUCAGCCUAAUAUAACAGUAGAAAAUGAUUUUCACAAAGGUGGGAGACAUGUGAUUGACUAUCUGAACAAAAAAUUGGCUACUAUGAACAUUGAUAUUGAUUUGACUUCAGGGGGGAAACAAAACGUAUCUUGGGAGGAAGAGCUCGACCAAUUGAGCGACCACGUUAUAGAAAGUAUUACUAACCACAUUUCAAAGGGUAGAAUGCACGCACAAGAGAAGCAAGAUGAGUUGGAAAAGUUAAAAUUGGAGAAUUUGAACUUGUCAACAUUAAAGCAAGAAAAUCUCCAACAUAAGCAGGAAAUUAACUCAUUGAAAGACAACCUUGAAUCCAUUAGUAAAAAAAACAAUGAUCUUAUAUUGGAAAUGAACAAAUUGAAAAAAAAAAGUACGAAUAAUAAAACAAAUGAGUACAUAUCUACGGAUGAAAACGAAAAUGAGGAGAUUACCAAAUCCAAUAUGGGUCCUGGCAUUUUAGAACUGAACGUCAACGAAACUUCAAAAAAAUUACAGCAAUCCACAUUCAAACCCUCGAAAUAUCUUCCAAGAGAAACGAGAAACAAUGAAAAUAGAUUAAAACACUUGGAAAAGAGAAUAUUUGGCUUAGAAAAAUCUCUUGAAAAAAAAAAAAAACAGGUAAGGGCUGACAGCGUUAGAUUAGACUUGAAUAGAUAUACUAUCGACCAGUUUUUGACAUUACUGAAAAGCCUCAGCGAGGUUUUGCAAUUCCACAAUGUUUAUGGCAAUGAUUUGAAGGAAAACGACGAUAAUAUUAUAAAGAUUGAAACCUGCUGUAGUGCGCUAAACAUGAAAAAUUGUUUCGAAGACUCCUCAUUUCGUUUACAAGAAAACAGCUUCAAGAGGCAAUUGGGCCCUCUGUUCGCAAACAUCAACUUCUCCUUAAUCGACCAACUGACAAUGAACUUCAGGUUCUACGAGAGAUCUGCCAAUUUCCAGAAGGAAACAAUAGGUGGGUUAAGAAUGAUGCUACAAGAUAAGGAUAACUAUAUCAAAACACUGAUGCAACAUUUGAAGAAAAAAGAGAGUACAAAGUUGAUAAAAGACAGCAAGAAUGGCGCCUCCACCUUAACAUCUUAA